AGGUGGGUUCCAGAUCCUGUAGCUCGUGCCAUGGUGGGCGGGAGAGAUGAUCUGCGAGUUCAGAUGCACAGAGCUGUAGUGCGUGCCACCAUCGUAGGAGGCGAAAUGUGGAUUGCAACAACAGACGACGGGAGAGUAGUUGGAACGGCAUGCUGGUACCCACCUGGCUCAGACUUCCUCGCAGAUGAUGCACAAACAAGUCAAGGAUUCGCGGAUUUCUUUGCACAGCUCGAACGCGUUGAUCCAGGCAUCCACAAAUGGUGGCUGGAGACGGUACGUCUUCGUCAUUGA